AUGAUACUCUCGGAGGAUGUUCCGGAGACUCGAGUUAUCGCCAUUUGUCGAUGUGAUCUACAACUCCAAUCUCGCUUCGAAGGCCAGAUAUUCAGUCCUAGUAGCCGAGAACGACAGAGCAAAGGAAAACACGGGCUCCAUUCUGGAGCUUCCUCUUCCUCUUCCUUUCUUGGUUACGGUAUCGCCGCUCAAUGUAUUAUGCGAGCUUUGCCGCUAGAAGAUUCAAGGAUGGCAAAGCCCAAGGUCACACACAUGGCUUAUCAGCGAUACAUAUGCCCGUCUUCCUCAGUGAUGAACGGUUCCACGUCUUCUGUUGUGCGUACGCGCAUUUGUCCUUUCAAAGCUUUCAGCAACGACUUUGAAAGAUUGGUGGCCAAGCUAAUUGUGGAAGGCGGCACGCAUAGAGUCAUCAAAAGUGAUGAGACUCCGGAUUCGCGUGCGGUACUACCAUAUUGA